GCAGCGCAUCCGUACUAUGGGUGAGUGCCGCCGCGGCCGCCGGGGGCUCCAUUCCUCCCGGGCAGCGGCGGCUGCAGCCCCUCUGCCCCCGCGCCGCCGCGGCGGACGCCGACACACAAUGCGGGACUAGGCGCGGCGCGGGAGUGCCAGGCGGCGUGGGGGUGCCAGGCGGCGUGGGGGAGGCACGGCCCGCAACUCCGCGAGGGGGGAGCCGGAGCGCCGGGUUUGGGGGCGGGGAGCAGGCGGCGCAGGAGAGCGCCCCGAGUCCCGGCGCGGGAGGAGGAGCGGGAGCCAGCCCUGGAGACUGCGCUCCUGGCCGCACCUGCUCCCGGCAGGCGGCAGGCCCUGCCCUGCCCCUGCCCACGGCCCCUGCCCCGCACCGGGACACAUGGAAGCUGCCAGCCCCCCAGCCAAGGAUCACCUGAGUCCUAGGGCUGAUGCUUGCCUACGUUGCUGAGAAUGGCACUGAGGCCCAGCCAACAAAGGUUAUCCUGGGACACUCCUGGACAAAGAUCCUGAUGUCUGUUGUGAGCUGCACACUCAAGGGUGUGAUAACAGCCAGCCCCAGUCGGCGCCAUGGCCUCUGCGGAGCCCCUGACGGCGCUGUCCCGCUGGUACCUGUACGCCAUCCACGGCUACUUCUGCGAGGUGAUGUUCACGGCGGCCUGGGAGUUCGUGGUGAACUUGAACUGGAAGUUCCCAGGGGUCACGAGUGUGUGGGCCCUCUUCAUCUACGGCACCUCCAUCCUCAUCGUGGAGCGCAUGUACCUGCGGCUGCGCGGCCGCUGCCCGCUGCUCCUGCGCUGCCUCAUCUACACGCUCUGGACCUACCUGUGGGAGUUCACCACCGGCUUCAUCCUGCGCCAGUUCAACGCCUGCCCCUGGGACUACUCCCAGUUCGACUUUGACUUCAUGGGCCUCAUCACCCUGGAGUACGCCGUGCCCUGGUUCUGUGGGGCCCUCAUCAUGGAGCAGUUCAUCAUCCGCAACACCCUCCGCCUCCGCUUCGACAAGGACGCUGAGCCCGGGGAUCCCAGCGGCGCCCUGGCCCUGGCCAAUGGCCAUGUCAAGACUGACUGAGUAGGAAGUGGGUGGGGGGCCUGGGGAUCUCUCAUGGAACUCAAGGACAAAGAGACCAAGCUGGUGAGGUUGCCCCAUCCAUGCAGCAAAAGCCCUGCCCCGGCCAAGUCUCAGCCCUGUGGGGCACACAGAGCCCCCUAACCUCCGCGGGGGCCAGUGUUGGGGGGCCGUGGUCAGGUGUUGGGGGAUGGGGUGUGGAGGCAGCAGAGGGACAUUGGGAAGGGUCCAUGGGUCCUGGCCCAGCUCAGGGGUUGGUGCCAGAAGGCCUGUGGCUGAGCAGCGAUAGACUAUGUAGUUGACUUUGGAAGCAGCAGGCCCUGUCCUGGCUAAGGGACAAUGAGAAUGGGGCCACAGGUGGGAGGCAAGGCCUGACCUCCCUCCCUCUGAUCUGGAUUUAGUUAAGCUUUGGCUGGUUCCAUUAGGCAAUAUUCAGGUGCUUGCUUGCAACCAAUACCUCCCCAGGGGCCUGCUGAGCUGCAGCCGAGGAGAGACUGGGCAGCCAGGAGGCUGCGUGGCAGCAACGCUGGUCUGCAAGGGCUGGGAGACCCUCCCUUGGCUCCUCUCCCCUCCCCCAGGGCCCUGCGCUGCUCCCUUGGCCUUCUGGGGCCCCCGUGGUGCUGGAUUCCCACCAACCUUGGGCUUUUGGAGGUUUCAAUCCCCGUGUGUUCGGUGGCGUUUCCCCCUUUUCUGUCUUGUUUUCAAGGCCUUUACCACUAGCAGCUCUUUAUCCAUGUCGGUCACCACACCUGCCCCACCCCAGCUCCCUAGCCAGCACAGGAGCUGCGGGAGAUGGAGCCCUGAGACACCCCCAACCCCCACCCCCUUGCAGCCCUUCCCUCCAUUGUUCCCGCUGGCCUGAUGCCUGAGGAGUUCCUGAGUUACACCUCCCUACCCCCGGUCUAGUGGGCUGUGGCAGUGAUCCCUUCUCAGUGGCUUAGCUGAGAAAAAAUGAUGCCCUCCAAUGCACAGGCAGGCUGGGAUAGGCGUUGUGGAUCCCCAAUGGUGACCUAGAGGCGAGUCAGUUUGGUGGGGAAAAGGCAGAGUUCUAGGUUGUCUAUUCCCUGCCUGGUUUAUUUUCAAGCCAAAACUGAGCAGUUUAGCUUUCUAUGGGAUGGAGAAGCCAGGUAUCCAGCAUUGGAGACCGAUGGAGAAUGAGAGGAAGAAAGAGAGGAGGACCUUGCAGCUGUAGAAGGCUCCUUGGAGCCUCCUUUGUGGGAGGGUAUCAGUUCUGGUUCUGCCAUAGCCCCAGCCCUGUAGCAGAACCUCAGGGCUGUCCCUCUCCCCAAACUCCUCCCAGCAAGGCUGACCCUUUGACCUUACUCCUUAAACAGUAUUAACCCUGCCACACUCAUGGGCAUUGGCACCUUGAUUCCCCUGCCUCACUUUGCCCUGUGACAGGUCCAUUGCUGGCAGUGGACAGGUGAAAUACUUCUCCAGCCUACUGGCUCUCUCACUCCUCAAGGGAAAGGGUCUGUUAGAAAGUGCCCCAUCCCAUGGUACAUGGUCUCUUCUUGACCACAGUAGGACUCUUAGGUAGAAAUUAGCCUUCCCCUUUUUAUGGAUCAUUACAAAGUGACGGUAUCACCUGUGGAGAGAAUGUUCUCUUCCCUGCUGGCUGCCCUGCCCUUACUGUGCUGAUAGCACAACCCAGGGUGCAGGGUAUGGUGGGGUGGGCCACAGUUGUGUUCUAGGUCUGAAGAAAAGCUUGCAGACUCUGCCUUUGGCAGGAUUUUCUGCAGUUAGCCCUGUCCAGAGCAGAACGAAGGGUAUUUCCUAGCCUAUUUAUUGGGCAGGCUCCUCGAAUCCAGGGAUGAACUACUUUCUGCAGGGGCCAGCCCUCCUUUUGAUUUUAUUGUGGCCCCAACUCCAGGGCUUUGGGGGUUACAGAGAAUCAGGCUUCUGGUGGGAGUAGAUUGUUUUCCAUCUAUAGAUGGAGAAAAUUCCAGGAGGAGAAUAUUGUCUGGCUUCUCCGUUCUCUCCGAGCAAUUGUUUCCUUGGUUCUCUCCCCAACUCCAUGUUGUCUUAGUCUCCCAGCACCCCUUCAGGCCUUCCAUGUGGGCCCCUAGACCACACUACCCACCUUCACACUCGCAUUCUACAACUGAGUCCAGUGGCCAGCUUGUUGAUGCCUCCAUAAUUCUCAGCCAGAGCAAGUCCUUGGUUGGCCCACCAGGUCUUGCUGCUCCAGACGUUGCCUUGUGGGCAUUCCCUGGCACCAUUUACUCUCUGGGUCCUAUAAGUUCCCAAGUGCAGGAGGUCCUGGGGGUAUGCCUCUGUGCCUGGCAACAUCCAGCAUUGUGUUUCUGCUCCAUCUAGGUGUCCCUUUUCUCCAAUUGCCCCUCAUAAGGCAUCAAACCUCCAACAAAGGAAGGCAACAGCCCAUGGCGUGACCACGGGAUCUACAGGUUCAGAUCUCACUGGGAAUAGCCCAGACUUCAACUCUUGCUUUUUUGGGUAUCAGGUCCCCAAUCCCUUAGUGCCCAGGGACUCAAAGUUUGGAAUAAACCCAGCCCUACCAAGCAUUAAGGGUACCGGUGAGGGCCGGGUGUGAUGGCUCAAGCCUGUAAUCCCAGCACUUUGGGAGGCCGAGACGGGCAGAUCACGAGGUCAGGAGAUUGAGACCAUCCUGGCUAACACGGUGAAACCCCGUCUCUACUAAAAAAUACAAAAAACUAGUCGGGCGAGGUGGCGGGCGCCUGUAGUCCCAGCUACAUGGGAGGCUGAGGCAGGAGAAUGGCGUAAACCCCAGAGGCGGAGCUUGCAGUGAGCUGAGAUCCGGCCACUGCACUCCAGCCUGGGCGACAGAGCAAGACUCUGUCUCAAAAAAAAAAAAAAAAAAAAGAAAAAAGGGUGCUGGUGGGGAGUGUUUCCUGGCUAUUCAUGAACCUCUGGUGUCCUGGGCCUCUCUCCACUGGACAUGGCAGCAUCUCUGAGUUACAGAUUGCAAUGUGCUGCCCUGCAUAGUUGAACUGCUUCUGACAUCUGCUAGGCAUCCCAUGUGCCCUGUCCCCUCUUCAAUGCCAGUGAGUCACAAUGGCCUAUGCUUAUUCACAGCAAUAAUACCUAGGGAGUCCCUGUGAAGCCCUUUUGUCCUGGUCCCUUGCUCUGCAUGGGUCUCCUGGGGAGGCAGCUGCUGAAUGGGUUGGUUCAUAAGAACCUGCAUUUAUGAAGCCCUGGGGUGUGUAGGCAUCACCCUGGGAUGCAGACAGGUGAGAGGCCCAGCCCUUAGGGGAGCCAUGGCAGGGAGAGUGCCUUCCACCCUGAGGCCACCCAGACCUGGAGAAGCUGCAGGCCCCAGCUCUGCUAAAGGGCCUUUGAGGUGGGUGGGACUGUCUCCCAGUUGGGCAGCUUUUGAGAAGGACACACGACCGGUUUGUGAACCCAUUGCCUGCUCUGUGUCUCCGUUGGUCCCUCUGUCUCUUCCUUUUCACAUUUGUGCACAUAAAAUAUACUGGUGUUUGUGUUCCAA